AGCACUAGAGCAAUAGAGGCAUUGAGCAUGAGCCUGAGGUUGCAGCAACGGUGGUUGCACUAAUCAAUUAAUUCAAUUCAUGAAUGUGAGGCGUAGGUCUUCGUCUACCUCGUGCUCAGGACUUGUUGUGCUUCACAGCUUCAGGCCCUUGUUCGUUCAUCAACCCCCCGUGAGCAGAGCAUUUAAAGUCGUCCCCCUUUGCCCUCCCUCAUUUCCUUUCCUUUCCAGCUUGCGGCUCGCUCCCUCCCUCCCUCCUCAACAGCCAGCCAGCCAGCCAGCCUUAAUGCCGCCCGCCCAUCGCCAUUGCUAAAUCAAGCCCACACCACCGUCCAUCAGCAUGCAAUUGCUUGCAGUCCCCAUGCUGUGGCUGCCGCCUCGCUUCCCCAGAGGAGCCGCCGCCGCCUCGGCCUGGCCAUGCUUCCUCCUCCUGCUCCACCUGCACCUAUUAUUAGCCGCCGCCCAUGCCGCCGACGCCGACGCCGACGCCCUGCUCACCCUCAAGUCCUCCCUGGACCGCUCCGACCGCCUCCCCUGGCGCCCCGACACGGCGCCCUCCUUGUGCUCCGCCUGGCCCGGCGUCCGGCAGUGCGGCCCCGCCGGGCGCGUCACCAAGCUCGUCCUGGAGGGCCUCAACCUCAGCGGGUCCCUCACCGCCGCGCUCCUCGCGCCGCUCGCCGAGCUGCGCGUCCUCAGCCUCAAGUCCAAUGCCCUGACGGGCCCCAUCCCGGACGCCCUCCCCCGGAACCUCAAAGUCCUCUACCUCGCCGAUAACCGCCUCCAGGGCCGCGUCCCCGCCACCCUGGCGCAGCUGCACCGCGCCACCGUCAUCGUGCUCUCCGGCAACCGCCUGACGGGCGAGAUCCCAGGCUCCCUCGCCGGCGUGCCCCGCCUGACGUCGCUCCUGCUUGACCGGAACCUGCUCAGCGGCGCCGUCCCGGCGCUGGCGCAGCCGACGCUCAGGGCGCUCAACGUGUCGGGCAACCGCCUGUCGGGGGAGAUCCCGCCCGCGCUGGCCAGCAGGUUCAAUGCCUCGUCUUUCCUGGGCAAUGCCGGGCUGUGCGGGCCCCCGCUGGGCGUCCGGUGCCUGCUGCUGGCUCCCGUGGGCGCCCCCGCGGCGGCGUUGGAGAGCCGGCGGCGCGGCAAGAAGAAGGCGGGCAUCGUGGCCGGUGCCACGGUGGCGGGGUUGGUGGUGCUGGGCAUCCUGGUGGCGGCGGCGCUGCUUAUGGCGUCGCGGCGCUGGAGGAGCAAGCGCGUGGCGGGCGAUGUGGACAAGGUGGUGGGGGAGGAGCAGCAGGUGGUGGGGGAGGAGCAGCAGGCGGUGGCGGCGUCGCGGGGCUUGGCAGCAGCAGCAAGAUGUGCGUCGGCGGCGGGGGAGACGCAGCAGCAGUUCUCUUGGGAGCGGGAGGGCAUCGGGAAGCUGGUGUUCUGCGGCGGCGUGGGCGUGGCGGAGAUGUACAGCCUGGAGGAGCUGCUGCGCGCGUCGGCCGAGACGCUGGGGCGCGGCGAGGUGGGCAGCACCUACAAGGCGGUCAUGGAGACGGGCUUCAUCGUGACGGUGAAGCGGAUGCGCGAGCCCUCGGCGGCGGGCGCGGCGGAGUUCGGGCGGCGCGCGGAGGAGCUGGGGCGGGUGCGCCACCCCAACGCGGUGGCGCUGCGGGCAUACUUCCAGGCCAAGGAGGAGCGCCUGCUGGUCUACGACUACUACCCCAACGGCAGCCUCUUCUCCCUGGUGCACGGGUCUCGGGGGGCGUCCAGCAAGGGGAAGCCGCUGCACUGGACGUCGUGCCUGAAGAUCGGCGAGGACGUCGCGGCGGGGCUGCUGCACCUCCACCAGUGGAGCAUCGUGCACGGCAACCUCAAGCCCUCCAACGUCCUCCUCGGCCCCGACUUCGAGUCCUGCCUCGCCGACUACGGCCUGGUGCCGACGCUGCUCCCCUCCACCGCGCAGCACUCCCCAAUCGACGUCUCUUACCGCGCGCCCGAGGUGCGCAGCUGCGGCGCCUGCUUCACGCCGGCCUCCGACGUCUACAGCUUCGGGGUGCUCCUCCUGGAGCUCCUCACGGGGCGGACGCCGUUCCAGGACCUCGUGGAGCUGCACGGCGACGACAUCCCCAGCUGGGUGCGCGCGGUGCGCGAGGAGGAACGGGAGAGGGACACCACCGACUCCUCUUCCGUCUCCGCCGCCGCUGACGACAAGCUCACGGCGCUGGUCGCCAUCGCGGCGGCGUGCGUGGCCGCGGACCCGGCCAGGCGCCCCACCACGGCCGAGGUGCUCCGGAUGGUCAGGGAGGCCAGGGCCGAGGCCAUGUCCUCCUCCAACAGCAGCGACCGCUCCCCGGCGCGGUGGUCCGACGCCAUGCUGGGAGGCGUGCCGCGGGAUCAGCAGCAGCCCACGGACAGCCCUAGCGAGCGCUGAGACUGUCACGGUCAGCAGCCGCAGUAGCAGCGUGUAAUUGUUCUAGGCUAGGACAAGCAGCCAUAUAUAGGACAGGGAUUGAUGAGAUUUCAGAGUGUAAUUGCAUUGGGUUUGCUUGCUGUCAAGUGUAAAAUCUUCGUUUCCGAACUGUGACGCUAGCUAGCUGUUUCUUUUUCCAUCAGAUAUUCAGAUCAAAGAUCUACAAAAAGGCAAGCAGAGCAGAGCAAAGAUUGGUGCUUCCAGUCCAGCAGCUCCUUUGUUUUCCUUUUCAUUCA